AUGACGAAGUUUGGUUACAAAAAAAGUAACUCCGACCAAAGUUUGUUUCUUAAGAGGCAGGAUGAUCAUAUCACAUGCUUGAUUAUUUAUGUGGAUGAUAUGAUUAUCACGGGCGAUGAUAAGGAGGAAAUUCAAACUCUCAAAGAACAACUAUCUAGAGAAUAUGAGAUGAAAGACUUUGGACAACUAAAGUACUUCCUUGGUAUUGAAGUUUUGAGAUCUAAAGGAGGUAUAUUCAUCUAUCAAAGAAAAUACAUCCUAGACUUGUUAGCAGCUAUUGGGAUGAUUGAUUGUAAGCCAACAGAAACUCCUAUUAUUGCAAAUCACGGUCUUCAGAUGAUUAAAGGACAAAAACUGGCUGACAGAGGGCAAUAUCAGAGAGUUGUUGGAAAGCUCAUCUAUCUCUCACACACACGGCCAAACAUUGCUUAUGCUGUUGGAGUAGUGAGCAGAUUUAUGCAUCAACCAUAG